AUGCGAAAAUUUGAAACAGCAGAUCAUCAGACUAAUUAUGUUGUCACUAAUGCAACUGAAAAUCGAAUGACGGAAAUUAUUUUCUUCCGUUAUUUCCUAAUGUGUAGUGAAAAGGAUUCGUGGACUCGUGAAGCUCAACUAGCAUAUGAUGUCAUAUUAAUAGUAGCAAUAUAUGUGAUACCACUUAUUGUCGUCUGUUUAAGUCAACAUGUGGUAACAGUUCAUCUUAAACAAUCCCAGAGAUUAUUGAUGCUAUCUGGACAUCGUAAUACUACAACGUGGACAAGAAGACGACAACGUUUGACCAGACUAUGCGUACUUAUGGCAGCAUUAUUUGUUUUAUCUUGGUCACCUAAUCAUAUAUGUAAUUUAUUAACGAAGACAUUUCACAUUAAUUAUCCAAUUACUGAAAUUCUGCUCGAUUAUUCGAUGUGCUUGGCAAUGUCGAAUGCUGUUACCGGUCCAUUAUUGUUGAUUGCAACAUGCUCAAACUAUCAUCGGUAUAUUUUUCGCUUCUUUUGUCGUCCUUCAAUGACCAAUCAUUCUAAUCCAAGUUAUUCAGUACCAGUCAAUUCUGUACGAUCAUCAACCGGGAUCGGUUUACCAGUGGAAACAUUUCCAGUAAUUAGUAACCGCAUCAAUGAAACGAAAUUGAAAAUAGUAAAAAAUCCAUGUUCAUUAGAAAUUGUCGGAGAUGAAUGUGAUUCUGGUUAA